GCUCAUUUAAGGAUCUCCACAGCAGCACUCUUACACAGUUCAACCGUGGCUGGAAGGCACAUACAGGGCCUGCACUUUUCCUGAUUCCAUUCAAGAGCUGCUGGACAGCUACUACGGGCAGGACGUAGAAGGAGGACCGCAGAUCUGACGGAGACUGCAGAGGACGACUCUGGGCUCGGCUUGUCCCUGAGGGACACACAUUUCUUCACGCACCCGGAGGCAGCGGACUCUGCCUGCACUUCCCUUGGCUCCCACUUCUCUAUCCGCAGUUCUCUUGUCAGCACAGACAGCCACACCCCAGGGUUGUAUGUCUGCCACUUGGGUGGCUUCUCCCCCCCCCCCCCUCCGAGGAGACUCCCAUUUCUCUGUCCCUCAGCAAGGCCAUGGAGGCUCAGUUCUGCCAAACAAGAAGCAUCACCCCCCCUGCCAGCAGUGUGGCGACGCUGAAGGACCCGCGGCAAGCUGAGAGCAUGGAGUCAGACAGCGAGAUGUUCCCCAUUUUGGUGAGGUCCAUGGCAAUGUCAGGAAGACACAGAUGGGAGGCCUCCUCAUCAGCUACCGAAUCAAGGAGGAGGCUGAGCUUAGACACCCCAGCAAUGGACGGUGAUUGGGGCAGAGAAGACCUACAGCUGUCAUCCCACCUUCAUCAGUCUGCUCACCCAGAAUGCUCCAGUAAAUCACAGGGGAAGCCCAAUGGGAAAAAUGAAAAAGAGGCUAAAAUUAACCAGAAGAAACUGGAGCUGGGGUCGAGCUCGUACUCAGGGUCUGAGGUCCUGGUGUCAGACUGUCCUGUGCUCGUGUUGCUGGAAACUUCCAGGAGUGUUUCCAGAGCGGCAGGAGAGGACCCAGAUGAGACGUUGUACACCAAGGAAGCACAGAGUCACAUGCUGAUGGCACAGAGCGUCCUUCAGGAGCUAAAGCAGUACCACGGAGCCAAGACAAGAACUGGGUCCAGGGAAGCCAAAGAACCAUCAGGGAAUGUCACCUGGUAUGAGUUUCUCUCCAAUGAAAACGGCGAUGAGGACGACCAUGCGGAGAAAAUGGAGGGUGGCAAUGCAAAGGUCAAGCGUACCCUUAGCUCUCUGAGGAACAGAGUGGCCGGAUCCUUCACUAAAGAUAAGGGUAAGAACAGAGAGAAAGAGAAGGGGAGAGAAAUGGAUUCAAAGGAGGAUUCCAAGGAAGAACCCAAGGAGAAACACUCAAAGGAGAAGGAUCCCAAGGAGAAGCAUUCUAAGGAGAAGGAUUCCAAGGAAAAGGAUCCCAAGGAGAAGCAUUCUAAGGAGAAGGAUUCCAAGGAAAAGGAUCCCAAGGAGAAGCAUUCUAAGGAGAAGGAUUCCAAGGAAAAGGAUCCCAAGGAGAAGCAUUCUAAGGAGAAGGAUUCCAAGGAAAAGGAUCCCAAGGAGAAGCAUUCUAAGGAGAAGGAUUCCAAGGAGAAGGAAUUGAGUAAUGGGCACCAACUGGUCCCAGCCACCGUCCCCAGUGGUGCCACCUGCACUCUGUGCAACAAACCACCGCAGAGGAGAGAUGGGCUGCAGUGUCACAACUGCAGCAUCGCUGUUCACCGAGGCUGCAGGAGUCUUCUCACCGAGUGCAGCAGCCGAAACAGGUUUAAAGAGCCUCCGACCCAGAGCAGUGGGAAGGUGCGGAGUCGAGUGCAGUACUACAACCUAGCGCUGAAGGAGUCCGCUGUAGCCGGAGGUAGCCCCCCUGGCAUGACCGUCGCCCCGCGAGGACAGAGCCGCCGGCCCGCCGCUGCCUGCAGCCCCGACCUCGCUCACGGCAACAGCUCAGGAUCCAUUCCAGGAGAGAUGGAGGAAUCCGACGCGGUGAAGCUGAAGCCUCUCAUGGAUGAUUCAGUCGCCCAGCUCUCCUCUUCUGCAGAGGCCAUCGUUCUAGAAGAUGCACAUUGCUUAUCAGUGCAAGCCGAUUUGGAGUUCGACGCCCAGGACUUUGAGCUGGAGUCCUGGAGCCUGGCUGUUGACCCGCAGUACGUGAAGAACCACUCAAAGGAAGCUGCUAAGAGGCAAGAUGUGAUAUACGAGUUGAUCCAGACGGAGAUUCAUCAUGUUCGAACCCUGAAAAUCAUGCUUUGGGUGUACGCACACAAGAUGCGGGAGAUGCUGCAGGUGGAGCGGAUCUUUCCCCGUCUGGAGCACCUGCUGGAGGUCCAUCGGAACUUCCUGUCCCGCCUCAAGGACCGAAGGCGCGAGUCACUGGAGCCUGGCAGCGAGCGCAACUACUCCAUCCAGCGCAUUGGAGACAUCAUCACCUCGCAGUUUUCCGGGACCAUGGGUGAGCGGUUGAAGGACAACUAUAGCGGCUUCUGCUGCCGGCACACAGAGGCUGUCAGCUAUUACAAAGACCAGCUUCAGAACAACAAGAAGUUUCAGAACCUCAUACGGAAAAUCAGCAACCUGCCUAUUGUGAAGAGGCAGGGCGUGCAAGAAUGUAUCCUGCUGGUAACACAGCGCAUCACUAAGUACCCUGUGCUGAUGGAGCGGCUCCUGCAGAACACUGCUGCGGGCACUGAGGAGCACAGGGAACUGACCGAGGCGCUGGCGCUGAUCCGAGCCACCAUCACGCAGGUGGACGCCCACGUCAAUGACUAUGAGAAGGCCACCCGUCUGAGGGAGAUCACCAGCAAGAUAGAGCCCAAAUCCGUGGGCAAGGUGAAGGAUGGCCGCGUGCUGAGCAGAGAGGACCUGGGCCGAGGCGGCCGCAAGCUGCUGCACGAGGGCACCGUCACCUGGAAGGCUGCCUCCGGCAGGCUGAAAGAUACCCUUGCUGUGUUGCUGACCGACGUCCUUCUGCUGCUACAAGAGAAGGAUCAGAAGUACACUUUCUCCACGGUGGACAACAAGCCCUCGGUGAUCUCCCUGCAGAAGCUGAUCGUGCGGGAGGUGGCCCAUGAGGAGAGAGGCAUGUUCCUCAUCUGCGCCUCCUCCAACGAGCCGGAGAUGUACGAGAUCCACGCGGCCUCCAAGGAGGAGCGGAACCUGUGGAUGGGGACUAUCCGGCAGGCCGUGGAGAAUUGCCCACACGUGGGAGAAAACUCCUUUGUUGAGCAGGAGGAUGAGCGGCUCAGCAGACUCAAGGAAUUCCAGGAGCGCCUGAGCCUGAAAGACGCCCAGAUCACGCAGAGCCUGAAUGGGAAACUGCAGAUCUUUGCAGACUUGGCUGAGUUUUCCGCCGGCGUGGGGCAGACGGCCUCCCGCGCUCACUUACUGCUACGAGGUGAUUCCUCAGAUCUCCAGCAGGGGGAGAACCUGCUGAAGGAUGCUAUUACUGAAGUUGAAAGCCUACAAGUGCUGCUGCUGUCGGGCAGGAGAGAGGCGUCUCUAGAGUCAGAGCACAGCCAGAGUCCCGGGGGACUGCCUUGCAGAGCUGAGACCUCGGGGAGCUACGACAGCCUUCCCACCUCCCUCAGCAAAACGGGCAGCAUGAGGAAGCCGGCUGCUGGGCGGGAGAGCAGGUCGAGGGAGAGAAGCCAGAGGGCCCGGUCUGACCCCCAGCUGAGGGAGACCGGCGACAGCCAGCAGUCGGGUGUCGUGGGCCCUCUGGGAAACGGCAACACCAGGUGCUCGAAUUCAUUUCCUGAAACAGAGUUUCUCGACCGAGUGCUGAUGCUGUCGCAGCGGCUGUACAGCCUGCAGGCCAUCAUCUCCCAGCAGGACGGUCAGGUUGGCCAGCAGAGGGCGUCUUUGGCGAACCGCGAGCAGUCGGGUCGACCGCGGGGGGGCACGCCACUGGAGCAGGAGAAGCAGCGGGAGGAGCUGGCGGACCUGCGGCGGCUGCGGAGCCAGCACCAGCAGGAGCAGGCGCGCUGGCAGCGGGAGCGGCAGCGGGAGCAGUGCGAGGCGGAGGAAGGCGCCGCGCAGCUGCGCCAUCGCGAGGAGGCGUGCCGUGCGCUGGAGGAACGGCUGGCCGAGGAGCACCACGAGCUGGAGCUUCACCGCGACAAGUACCGGCAAGACCUGGAGCGGCUGCGCGAGUCCAGUGCCGCCGUGGAGAAGGAGAGGGAGUGGCUGGAGCGGCAGAGGAGCCAAAGGGCCGGCCUGGUUCUGCCCCCAGAAUCCUUCCUGAGUUUCAACGGGAUCAGCGGCACGGUGAGCGACCCGGUCUCUGACUACCCCGAGAGGCCCGAGACCCUCCUGCGACGGGACAGCAGCACCUCCAUCAUGGGGAAGACGGAAGUGCCCAUCCACCUGAUCAGCACCACCAACCAGCAGCUGCAGCAGCGUGGCGUCUCCCAGCAGAUCCCCACCAAGCUGGCCGCCCUCAGCAAGGGCAAGGAGAAGACCGGGAAGGGCAAGGGCUCCCAGCGCACCGACAGCAUGGCCUCUGCAGACACAAAGCAGACACCAUCUGUCAAGCAGUCAGCAAAGGAGGAGGGGGGUCCGAAAGCCAAGGGGCCCGUCACCCCGCCACAGCCACAUCAAACAGAUCCAGCCAGCAUUCUGGACCUGGAUGUCGACUCCCUGCCGCCUGGCCCACCUCCCCAGCAGCUUGCUGGCCACGCCCCCAAGGAGGAUGUCAUUUUCUUCUAGAGCUGCUCUCGGAAGGGGGGGUCAGAUGCCUGCAGGAUUUUAUGCACAUACCCCAAAAAAACUAUUCAUGACAGAACAAACACCUGAAGCCAGUAACCUUCUCAUUUCGCCUGGUCCAGUGGAGAAAGAUGGUAUUUGCUGCAUUAACGGUUUCCUUACUGUUCCGCAUAAGACCUUCUGGAUGUAGAAUUAGAGGAAUAGAAUGUACUGUCUAUACAAUAUCCUCACAGUCUACUAGAGCAGCCACCUCCUGGGUCCCGCUUGUGUUCUUAUGCAGGAUAACAGCAACACUACUGACAUUCGUAAUCUUGAUAUGGAAACGUCGGUUUUGCACAUUGUCUCUAGGAAUUCCAGCAGCAGCUUCCUGACUUUGCGGGUCACUGAUAACCGUGUCUGUGCUGUGUCACUGACCGGACACUGACUUCUGAUGUGUGCCGCAUCUUCACUGGAAUGGCUUUGCGGAGGAAGAAUCCCUGAAACGGGACUCUGAAGAUGGGGGCCCUGUGGUUUGUUUUAUCCGUCCUGAAUUUUAAACAUCUGAGUGCAUGUCUGUUGUUAGUUGCCAUGACCAUUUUAUUUUUGCGAAGUGCUAUUUUGAAGUACUUUUAAAGAUAGUCGUUCCGAGAAUCAUCAGACGUCGGGUAUAAAAAAAAGAACCUGUGAGAUAUAUAGACGGGGAUAAUCUGACUGCAACUAUAAUUUUAGUGCUGUGAUCUUCCUGAAAUGUGCCAAGCAUGAGCGUGUGCAAAUAUGAUCUCCAGCACUCUGUCUGAAGGUACAGCAUGUUUUAGAGUGGAUUAUAAUUGGUAAUCUGAUGUGGGACCAGUUUGCUGUCCUUCACAGAGAUGUCACGCCCAGCAACCCUUUGGGUCCCAUGGGGCUCUAAUCAGUCAUGUUUGUAUGUGGGAUCAAGCCAAUCAAAUGUCCCGCUAUUAUGGUCGGUAACUUCAGAUGUGUCAAGCUGGACUCAUUCCAAAUCAAACAGAGAGGACCAAUUAAGGCUGAACUGAAAGUUCCCAACCAUUCUGUUAGUCUAGGGUGUGUUUGUGUGAUUGUGUGUGAGAGAGAGAGAGAGAGAAUUGGCCAGGAUUGACUGUAAAACUGCACAACAAACAAAGAUGCAAGGUGAGAACGUUUGUCUUGGUGCAUGCAUGUGGAGCUGCAUCGUUCGCUCUGUGUCUGUCAGAUGUGUAUAUAAGGGAGUGUCUCGUAACUGCUUAAACCCCCCCAACCUCAAGCUGAUGCUCCACAGAACAGCGCAGUGAUGUAAUAGCUGUGUUCCCAAGUAGACAUGCAGAACUUGGACACACUGUGGACGUGCUUUGCGGGUUUGGGUGGAAACAACAGCUCCUGCUGUCCGCUUGGAUGUGGACUUUGCUUCAUCUCUGCUCCACUCUGGGAUUCUCGGGGGGGGGGGUGCAAAUUUCCCAUUUGGCACUUUGGUCAGUUUCAGCCUUCUGCAGAACAACAACGUCCUGAAUCGUGUCUGACCCUCUAAAUGGCCGUCAGCCUGUUGCUCUGCCUUAUUUAAUGAAUUUGCAAAUAGAGAGUUUCCCAUCCCCAUUGCUGCGUUAGUCAUCCUUAUGUCCUUUUAAUUGAAAUAUUAAACCAAUGCAAUCGGUUGUUUUGGUUUUUUUUAUUCUUAAUGAAUUUACCACUUGAAUGAACUGAAUUGGCAACGGUCGCCUGAUUUAUAAGUAAGAAUCUCUGUGAUUGUGAAUAUAAGUGUGGAAGGUCCUGGUGUCAUUUUGUAGCAGUGUUUUGUUUGUUCAUUCAUUUGCUCAUUCGUUUGUUUCUGUUUGUCUGUCUUCCCCCUGUGUUGUGCCGCUGUAGUGGUGUGAGAUGCUGCUUCCUUUGGAUAAUGUGGCCUUUCUGAAUCCCCCAGCUUCUGACAUGCGUAUGACUAACCAUCGGGAUUUUACACGUCCCUCGUUAUGCAAAACCUGCACUCUAUACAUGAACUGAGUUAAGAUUCAUUUCCUUUAUUAUUUAUGGUUGAUUUGUGUCUUUCUCCAUAAACAUCUUGAUCUGUCUUUAUCUAAAUAGCGGUUAUAAUUGUAUGUUGUCGGUUUUACAUGUUUGAUUAUUAGUGAUCAUGAAGGGGAAAUGAUUUAUUGUAUUUGUGUUUAAAUUAUGUUGUGCUUUUUGUGAUACGUUGUUCUAUCCGCGUGGAAAUCCGUGGGUUUAAGCAAUAAAAACAUUUGUACCGGG